GAAAAUCAAUACUUAGCUCUGUGACGUCAAGAGGACGGCAUACACCACAAAAGUCAUCAAAAAAGUGAUUUUCAGUGAGAAAAUUUGAGCUAGAGAACAAUUUUUGUGUAAUUCUGUGAUUUGUGGUUCAUGAUAUCUUGCAGAAAUUCAUGGGGAAAGUGUUGCAAGAAUGAUGGGAAAAAUGUGAGAAAAUGAGGGGGCGACGGUGAGAAUGUCGCGUUUGUGCAUUGGUGGAAAAUUAGGUGAAACUCACACACACACACUCAUAGUUGGAGAAGAGAUAUAUAGCCACCGAAAAAAAAAGUUGCUGAAGAAGACUUUUGCCUCAAUUGCUGGGAGCUUUUGGUGGUGGAAAAGGCAAUUUGUGAAAAUUUUGAUUUGCAAUUCGGGCAGUGCUGUGUGUGGUGCUCCUUGUGCAUCUGACGCAGUCCCAAAGCUGAGGGUACAGAGUGUGAAAAAGUGGCCGUAGUGGUGGCAGAGGUUACAGUGAAAAAUCGGGGGCUCCAUCUUGGUGUGAUUUUUUUUUCGGUGUGAAUUGUGUGGGAUUCUUUUGUCUGUUUUUUUUUUAGAGAAAUCAAAAAUUAGUGAGACUUUUUGUGUUGCCAAAAUGGAGUUUGUGGGAAAAUUGGGUGAUCUGAGAGAGUUUUGUGGAUGGAAAAAUCAUCUGGUAGAUUGAAGUUUUCCCACCCAUUGGACGUCCUUCCUGUACUCUGUCAUCGCAGAGAGGAACAAGAAAAAAAAAGAAAAGUCUGGUGAAAGCUGUGCGCGUGUGUGUGUUUGAAAAGCCCCCCCUCAGUGUCGAUUGUUGGAGAAAAGAGUGAUAAAUUUGAUUCGAAAAAGAGGAGAGGAUAGAUAAGCAUGGAGCUUUUCGAUGAGGGCGCCUGGUGGUUACCAAGCAAUACAUUUGCCCUGGCCAUCAGAGUGAUUGGCGUGAUGCUGGUGGCUGGAUGCGUUUGAGGACAAGUGAAUGGUGUCUGGGGGGCAUCUCAGAGUGCCAUCCGUGUUUCUGGGAUAUGGUGAGAAAGAGGAAGAAACACGGACAUGAUGGAAAAGCGAUGACAAUGCCCAUCGCCAUAUUUUUACUGGCCCAUGGAUUUCUCACCUGCUGAGUUGGAAGUUCUGGGUUCAUAGCUGGACACAAGCUCAACAAUUUUUGGCUGCACCAGCCACACAGCACCUCCCCCCAAAAAAAAUCUCCUUAUAACCAACAAUUGCAUCUCACUAAAGUGUUCUAUUCUUCUGUUACCAUCGAGUGUUGUGUGUGUGAAGAAAUUUGUGCUACGGAAAAAUUUCCCAUUUGUUUUUUAGCUAUAAAGAAGGGAAAUUUGCAAGAGGGAGAGACAAAAAGCCUUUCAUGCUGAAGAGAUUGCAGAAACAAGUGCUUUUCUUCACAAAAAAAUUCAGCAAACAUCAAAAGCUCCAACAAUCUUCUUUCUAGGUGCUCCCCCUGGAAGGAGUGGCUAAAGUGAAUGUUGGAACAACAACUAAACACACACACCAUAAAUUGUACAGAAGAAUUUGGUACAAAUGUCCGAAAAGUGCAGUGAUUUUGAGGACUUAGACUCUGUGAAUGGACACUAUAAAGUACAGGUGGCUAAUAGUGUAAGUGUUGCGCAUGAAAUUGCGCACUUUUUUCCACGACACGCACAAACUAUGACCACGGUGGAUGUUUGAGAAGAGAUUCUUGGUGACACUGUGAGUGUGAGUGGCGAGGAAGAAGGUUACUAAAGUGAUACCAUUAGUCGAGAUGGCAGAUAUGCCGGAUCUAUCGCAUCUGACCGCUGAGGAGCGUGCCAUCAUUGAGUCGGUCAUGAUGCGUCAAAAGCAGGAGGAGGAGCGCGAAAAUGAGAUCAUGAGACGGAAGCAGGACGAAGUAGCCGUCCUGGAAGAUACAAUAAGACACAGAGCGGAGCAGCAGAAGAAGGCUGGCGUGGAACUUGAUGCCACCUGCCACAUUUGCCUCAAGACAAAGUUUGCCGAUGGCAUCGGACAUAUUUGUCACUAUUGCAGCAUAAGAUGUUGUGCCAGAUGUGGUGGAAAAGUCACCCUUCGGAGUACCAAGACGAUAUGGGUUUGCAUUUUGUGUCGGAAGAAGCAGGAGCUUCUGUCGAAGACUGGUCAGUGGAUUCACAAGAACACUGUGGCAGAUGGAUUGCUGAGGAAUCGUAUGGAAUCAGAUAUGGCACAUGAACAUUUUCAGAUGGGCCUCGAUCCACACGAUCCUUCGGAUAAACGCCCAAAGCUAGAGAGGGCACGUAGUGCUGCAGAGAAGGAGAAUCUUCCGCUACAGCGAUCUGGAAGUAUGUUGAGGCGUCAAUAUUCACAGCAGGAGCAGCCUACGCAUAGGAUGGGAGACAGUGCGGCAGAUCUCAUAAGUCCCGGACAGCGACGUAUGCAGCCACAAUAUCCGGGCAUGCAGCCCUAUCCCGGACAGCAGGCAUAUGGGAUGCAGCAGCAGCCCAUGGGCUCCAUGAUGGGCCAUCAGUCGCAAUCGCAGCAGCCUAUGCAAUCGCAACAGGCGAUGCAGAUGCAAUCACAGCCGGGAAUGUAUCCCGAGGAUGAUCCUCGAUUUUACCAGGGCGAAAUUGAUGGUUUAAUGAGGCAACAUCCGCACUUGGUGCACCCGAAGCAACAGCAACGCUUUGCCGCACAACAGCCGCAACUGCCUCAUCAGCAGCAGAGCCUGAUGGACGUUCCCAAGAAGCAUAAGAGACCACUUGGUGGUCCAUACUUAACUCAGCAGCGCUCCUUCAGCAGUUCCGAGGAGGAUCUUCGGUCAACGCCGGAGUUUGAAGCGGGACACGGGAAAGUGCUUGAGUCUCAUUCGCGUCUCCUGACUUCAUCAUCGGUGGUCCAAGGCAGUGACAUCCAUCCACCGGGCAGGUUGGAUGUCCAUCAUCGCAACACGUACAAUCGCACGAAUCACAACCGGCAGGUGCCGGGGCAUCACAAUCCGCAAAUAAUUGUGGGCGAGGUGGCGGGCACAUCUUUUGGUGGCAGCAGCAGUGUCACGCCCACCACCACGUCUACAUCCUCCGCGUCCACCCAGAGCACCUACGACAGGUACACUAGUGAACCGGAUCCGUACUGGGAGGACACGGCGGACAGUCGACGCUUCACGGAACGCAGAAAGAAAACCGUACGAUUCGACAGGCAAGAUUCGGAGGAUUGGAGUGUGUGGGAUGCUGAACGUCAGGGCAGUCAGGAUUCAGCCACUAAGGAUUCUGGCAUUGACACGAGCAGCACAUUUACCAGUAGUGAAGAUUCCAAUCGUGGAGAUGGCACAAAGAAUCCAGUUAGUUGGCAAGUGUCAGCAGAUGGGAGUCGAAUGAUUGGGCACAUGAUUCUAAGAAAGAGCGUCGAUGGGGCGGAUGUGUUGGGACUAAAAGUGGCUGGUGGGGUUCCUUUAGCAGGCGGUGGACGUGGUGCCAUCAUUGACCAAGUCAAACGUGGCUCAAUAGCCGAUCAGGAGGGUUAUAUAAAACCAGGAGACGAGGUAAUUGAGUGGAAUGGCCGAACAUUGCCUGGCAAAACAGCCCAAGAGGUAUACGACAUUGUUUUCGAGGGACGCCACGAUCCUCAAGUCGAGUUGAUCGUGUCGCGUGUGAUCGCAGCUAACCGUCAGGCUGCCCAGGCAUCGUGGCGCCAAUCUCACUCACCUGUACGCACACAUCAGCCAGAAAUCUACGAUAGACGUGAUAAACCUAGUGUCUUGGUGACGUCACCGGGUUCACCGGAUCUUCACAGUCUCAAUCGUGCCACAGCGACGAGAUACGCCAAUCGUCUAACACCCGCCGGACCACUUCCGUACGAUCCCAACGUCGGUGGACGGAUUCAAGUGAAGCUGGGCUUCGAGGCUCCUAGUCUUCAGCUGAUCGUCACGAUCAUCUGUGCAGCUGGACUGACUGUGAGAGCCAACGGCGUUGCUCGCAAUCCCUACGUUAAGAUUUUUUUACUGCCUGGCUCCGACAAAUCAAAACGACGAACGAAAACACUCGCCAGUACGUGUGAUCCACGGUGGGGCCAAACAUUUGUAUAUUCGGGCCUUCGGCGGGCCGACCUACAUAAUAGAUUGCUGGAGAUCACGGUUUGGGAUUACGUUCGAUACGGUGCCAAUGAUUUUUUAGGUGAAGUCAACCUCGAACUGGGAAACCAUCCGCUUGACGACGAGGCGGAAUGGUAUAUUUUGCAGCCACACCAGGACUCACCCAAUCAUACUUUGCGUAAAGAUGAUCCAAAUGAAAUGGAAAGCAUAUUAACCCCCACUGAUCAUUUGUCACCACCAAGUACGACGUCUCGUUUAAGCGAUUCGGAUACAUCUGAAUGCGAUAUUGAUGGCAUUACGGCUGGCCGGGAUGGUGCUAGUUUGUCAUCUUUAGGGAGUUCAUCAAGUCCUCCACCUGAGAUCGAUUUGCACGAGGUGCGGCGUUCGAGGCGUGACAUGUCACCACAGGGCCGGAAGCGAGUGGCCGGUAUGGUUUCCCGUGAUUAUCGCACCGUCUCAGGGGUGGGUCAGACGUAUCAUAAGCAGCAGGAGUCGUACACGAGGCGCAAUGGAGCAGCUGCAAUGAGUCAGCGUAGUCAUUCGGCAGCACCAAGUGAAAACUAUCGCAGUGGUAGCCCAAGGCGGGGAUCGCUCUCUCCACCUGAUGACAGAUAUGACUAUCCCGUUCUUCCAACACAUUCUUAUGCUCCACGAUUUCAAUCUAGAUCGGCAACAGCCACACCAACAGGCUCACCCAAGAAGCGCCAACUGCCACAGGUGCCACAUUCGUCGCGCAAUGCGACAAUCAGGGAGAGACUUGCACAAGACUUUGAUGAACGUCCUGGUGGUGGGCGUUUUGCGCGCCAUCGGGUGCGUCAUACGCAGCACCAUCAGCAGACGUACAGGAGCACGGGAAUGGGUGGCUGGGAACGUCACUAUACGGGACUGUCGGACAGUGAUCUGGCCAUGCAUUCGAUGGAGCCUAGACUCAGACCUAGGCAUUCAUUGUCUCCGGACAAGGAUUUCAUGGGCGAUUUUGGUGAUUCGGACAUGGAAUCAGUGGUCAGUGUGACAUCGAGUGCAUUCUCCACGCAAUCGGAGAGACCACGAGGAUCACGAGGGCUGAGCGCCCAUCGAAGUGGGAAGAAGCAGCGAGAGUUUCCCCUAAAUUGGCAUACAGCUUCUGUUAGUUCCCUUCCUGGGGAGUUCAAAUAUCACCCAAAUAGAUUACCUAUCAAUAGUCGAAAACUUGAUCGAACUACUUCGAUAACUUCUGCAAUUGCUAGAGAACUUUUAGAUAGUAGGUUGACUAGUUCUCAGAUCUUCACUCCUCAAACUGAAACUACUCCACAGCUUCCUUCGCAAAAUCCUCCCUUGAUACCAAGGCAAAUAAAUCCUAUUGAAAACCAAGUUCUAGCGUCGUCAUUUCCGGAUCAAAUAAUUCUGCAUCAGACUCCGGGAAGGUUCAGUUUCCACCAAGAACGUUACAAGAACGGACGAUCUGUUUCUAAUCAAACUAUCUCAAUUUUGAAUAAUCAGGACAAUCAGAUUAUCUUAAAGUCUUCAUAUUCCGAUCAGAAUCUUCCUUCUAUGUUCUGCAAUCAAGAGAAAGAUCCUGGUGAAAUUCUUAUCUCUAGUCAGUUUUACAAUUCCACCGGUAACUCCUCCAAUCAAACUGUUCUGAAAACCAAAUCAGGAUCUAUAACUUGUAUCAGUAACCUUGAGAGACCCGAGAAUUCUUCGGUACCUAUCCUAUCUGAUAUUCCUCAAAAGUAUCCUGAGUUUCGACCCCUCCCUGGGGAUUUUCCCCUUCCGUCUCGGGAGGAAGUCUUUGGGAGGUAUUCUCUGCAAAAUUCCCCUACUGAAAGAAAUCCCUGGGUUUUGUGCAACAAAUGCGAAUGGGAAGAAAAGCCACCAUUUGCUGAGAUGCCUUUUGAAGGGGUUCGUCUUAGUAGAUCUCAUUCCUUGAUCUCUGAUGAUCAAAUAAUAGAUAUUGAGUAUGAUUCCGACACCGGAUGGAAGAGGAAACGUGUUCAUAAAAAUGUUUUCUACAAACUUCCUCAAGAAAUUAAAGGUAUUCCUCGAGAAUCUUCCAAGCAAACUUUACUCAAAGUUACCAAGGACGAAGAUGACGAUAAGAUGGAUACCAAAUCCGAAGAACAAGAUCAAAUUGAAGCAAUAAAAGACGUUCAUGAAGAGGAGGAUCAAGAAAUUCCCAAAUUUUCUGAAGAGAAAACUUCUGAUCAAGUCGAACUCAAUUUCAAAGAAUAUUUUCCCAUUGCUGCAAGAACUGCAGAAGUCUCUAAGCAAAAUACUGAUACUGACUCUAUAAGAUCUAUUAUUGACGAAGUUAGAACUCAGUUGCUAGAAAAACCUUCAAUGACAAAGUUCCUGAGUGAUGAGAGUUGCAAGGGUGCUUCCGGGAGUGAAGAUAAUACUGGAAGUGGGUCUGAAGGUCAGAAGAAACUCAAUAAAUAUAUCCGGGAAAAGGCUAUUGGGUUCGAAAAUCAGAACUCGCAUGAUGACGAGAGCCUUCCGAAGAAAUCUAAUCGGAAGGCUCAAACUGUCCAAGCGGAGUCUGAAGAAAAGCAUUCCGGAAAUGACGAAGAAAUCUUUCAGAAAUGUUCCACUUCAGGUGCUUCCAAGGAAGACAUUCCAAAUUCCGACGGGGAUGAUGAUGUUUUUGAAGCUCCCUUUUCGCGUGGUAGAAAUUCCUCCUUCAAUGGAAUUUCUGCCAAGAGAUCUUCGAGAUUUACUAAGCGACGAUCUAGCAGCUUGGACGAAUUGUCUACGCUGCAGAAGAUCGUGGCUCAGAUGACCCAAAGAACUAAUGAUCGAAGUUCAGUCAGUAUCAAUGAGACCCCAGAGUAUUUCCACUAUGAUAAGUCUCCUGUAGUUAGUAAGCGAUCCAGUAGAUGGGCUAACAAUGCUUCUCGUUCUUCUUCCUCCCCAUCCAAAUCCCGUGGUCGUGGUGUUGCCCUGCUGCAAACAAAUCCCAAACGUACUUCCCUGAAAACUCCACGGCGCAGCGGGGAGUACGAUGUGAGGGAGCGACGGAGAGAGGGCAAUGGUAAUGGACGCAGUGCCUUCCGGCAGCGCGAUCGCGAUCGGGAUCUAAGUGAUCGUGAGCAGAGAGGAGAUUCCCAGCAGAGCUCCUUCAAUCGUAGCACCUCGACAGCCGAAGGCACGAUUGAAGAUAAGAUUGAUGGAAGCCUGAGUGACACAGCGGUGGGUCUUCAGGGUUCAUUGGAUACUUCGAGACGGAAACCGGAACAACGAUCCCCGAAAAGUGAAACACCAAUUCGCGAACGUGAGCAUUUUGGUGCGGGAAUGGGGAAGAAAAGUAACUCCACAUCCCAACUCUCUGCCACCGGUCGGAAGAGACGGUUGGGGUUUGGAAAGAAGGGUAAGAAUUCCUUUACGGUGCAUCGGAGUGAAGAGGUGCUGCCUGGUGAGAUGCGUGGCGGGCUCUCGAGAGGCUCGUCGGCCUCCAGUGACGGCGAGGGAAGUGGCGAUGGCGACAGGUGGUCUCCGUCCCUGCGAACGACGGACGGGGGGCAACUGUCGGAUUUCAUCGAGGGUCUCGGGCCAGGACAGCUCGUAGGGCGUCAAGUUUUAGGCGCUUCAGCCCUCGGGGACAUACAACUUUCCCUCUGCCACCAGAAAGGCUACCUUGAGGUGGAAGUGAUUAGAGCCAGGGGACUUCAGGCACGUCCUGGCUCUAAAGUGCUUCCGGCACCGUACGUUAAAGUGUACUUAGUGUCGGGAAAGAAGUGCAUUGCCAAAGCCAAGACAACGACGGCCAGGAAGACACUCGAUCCACUUUAUCAGCAGCAACUUUCUUUCCGGGAACCAUUUGCAGGAUGUAUUUUGCAAGUGACUGUCUGGGGUGACUACGGGCGUAUCGAGGGCAAAAAAGUGUUCAUGGGGGUGGCUCAAAUAAUGCUGGAUGAAUUAAAUUUGUCCAAUAUUGUCAUCGGGUGGUACAAAUUGUUUGGCACCACAUCACUGUAAUUGCAAAUUUUACAACCAAACUGUGGCAGUGAUUGAUUUUUUUGUCUCAACGGAGGAGAAAAUGCAUCAUUUGUGAAAUUUAUAUUGAUCUUGUGUAAAUAAUUUAGAAAAAAAAAGAGAGAAAAGAUAAGAUUAAAAAACUUAUCUUAAAUCUUAAGAUGUUUUAGAGAGAUGAGAUGAUGAAACCAUGAAAAAAAGCCUUCCACUACUUACAUUUUAUAUACAUUGAAGAAAAAAACUUACGAAAAAAAAUGGUAAAUGAGAGUGUAAGACAUUUUACACUAAAAAUGGCAUGAAAUAGACGAAAAAACUGGAUUUUGAGAGAUAUAAAAUAAGAGAUAAGAUGACUAAAAUGAACUGCAAGUAUUUUUUCCUUCUUCAAUAUCGCAAGAAAAGCGCUUUAUAUACAAGAAAAGGUAUAAGAAAGAUUGCACUAAAAGAGAAGAAUUAUUUUUUUGAAAGCUUAUAUCAUUAUAUUUGCAGAAGAAUACAUAAAUUUCUAGAGAAAAAAAAAACUAGUGCAGGAAGUAAAUAUUGGAGUGAAUACAGUUGAAGAAAAACUUUUAAAAAAUAUAUUAAACUAUAUGAACUAAAAACAAGGGUGAAAAAAUACACGGAGAUGAACUAAUUUGCCUUAAGCUUUAUAUAAAGAAAAAAAGAUUUGUUUUAGAUAAGUUGAUGAAAAAAAUUAAAGAAAGAUGAAUAACGAAUUCGUUGGAGAAGCUAAAAAAAUAGCAAAACCUAUAAAUUAGCUUUGAUUGUUGCGUAAUCCAGAGAAAUAUUAAAAAAAGGAAAUAUUCUUUAAGAACUUAAAAAGAAAAAUGAAUGAAAAUUCACCAAAUGUUUCUGCUUGCAGUGUAAACAAGCUUAAUUUCUAAAUUUCAAUCAAGAGAGAAAGAAAUUUAAUUUAUUUUUUACCAAAAGAAACCUUAUAGGAAAGAAAGAAGUUGCAGGAACCGAAGUGACAGAAUAAUUGGUUAAAGAGGGGACAUGAUUAGCUCUAUCCAGUCUAUAUUUACUAAAAAAAAAUAUAGCUGGAGAACAAAAAUACGGAGACAUAAAACGCCAAACCAUAUCCACAAAAAAAACUUUGAAAAAAAAAAACUAGAUAAAAAAUACUAUAAAUAAUAAAAAAAAAACUUAGUAUAAUUAGGCGUAAGUGAUACAUAAAAUAUACAAAAAAGCUUCUUGGGAAUUGACAGAAAUAUUAAAUUAAAAGAGAAAUAAAUUAUUACUACCUUUAUUAAAGAGAAUGAUAAAACAAAGAAAAAAAAAUAUCUAAAUUAAGCAUUAAAUUAAACUAACCCUAUUGUCAUAAAAAAUUAAAGAAAAAAAAGUGAGAGAACAAAGAUUACAUUCUCUUUAGGAAGUAUAAUAAUUCAUCCACAAAAAAACAAAAAUUUCCUUCAACAUUUUACACCUCUGCAUGAAAAAAAACUACAAAUCACCUAUUAAAAAGCUUUUUCUACAGUAAAAUACAAGAAAAAAAAAACAAAACAAAUAAUACAAAAAAAAAUUACGAAAAAAAUACAAAAACUCAGAGUACAUCAAAUCUCCUUCCACAGUUCACAAUCUUUAUAUUUAAUAAAAUAAACUCCCUCUAAUCAAAGAAGAUAUUUCCAUUAAAUAGUUGUGCAAAAGUUACCAAAUUCCAAAAAGUCUCUCUCUUUCAGAAACAAAAAAAACCUUGCUCAUUUUGCAUUAAUUAAUAUCCCCUUUGCCACGUCAUUGCCGCGUACAGAACAGAACACUCAUUGCGAGAUGUGUUAAAUCAAGUAUAAGAGAUACUUAAACGUAAGACAAACUAAUGUUCAGGUUUCUACAGGGAAAUUUGUGGAAAUAAACAUAAAAAAACGAAAAUUAUUCAUUUUUUCUCAGUGUUUCCUUUGCUUUCCUGCAACUGUUGGGAACGUUUAUCCAAGACACCAACCUAUUUUGAGAUCUCGUGGAGAGGGUCUAAAAUGUUGUUAAGUAUACCAUAGUCAGAAUCUGUAUAAAAACGAAAAGUUUGAAUGAAUAUUUAAACAUGUGUUUUUGACCUGAUUUAGAUUUAUCUGGUUCAAAUCUAAACCAGGUUAAAGAUCGUUUAUGCCCUUAUCUCUAUUUUCGAAUUUCCCAAAUUAGAGAGGGUGCUCAAUUACCCUUUUUUUUACCCUAUCUCCGUUUUUAUUUGAUUUCUAAAAAUUGAACUUCAGUUAGCUUUAAUGUAUGAUCGGCACCUGAGUUAUAAAUUAAAAGAAAUACAGUAUAAAUACGGAAAUACUGAAAUACACAAAAUAUUAAAAAAUUAAGUAAAAUAAUAGAGGUCGCAGUGUUCCAGCUUUGCGGAAUGUUCGAACUCACGUUAUACAAUUUUCCGUAAAUAUGUUUUCUGCACUGCUUUUAUGUCUUAAUACGGACUUCAGACAUAAGGUUUAGCCAUAUGGCUCAAUUUCUCUAAUUUCUCAUCUGACGUUUUUUUUUGGAAAUAUUGUUUUAAGAAUCUAUUUAAUUUUGAAAAACCAAGAAAAUGCUUGUCUUUUGGAGUUUCAAGACUUUACGAAACUGGGUAAAACCUUUAGCCUAAAACUCGUAUAACUAACACUUUACUAUGGAUUUAAACAGGUUCAUAAAUUAUUAGAAAAUGGUCUACAAAAUUAAAAUUCCUAAUUUAGUGGAAAUUUUUUAAAAAAUAGUUGCUUUUUUAAUGAUAUAAUUUUAUUCCGAUAUAAUGGUAUAAGUUUUUAAGUCAUUUUCGAAAAUUUAAAAAAAAAAUCUGGAGCUGCUUUCGAAAUUAAGCUUAAGUUUAACCAUAUCAGUCGGAUGUUAGGCCCUGCAGAGUUUCAGAAAAAAAUCCAUGAGGUUCGAGAAUAAUAAAGGACUCUGUGUGCUCACAGUCGUAGUUAAAUUCUCCAAAAGUGUCUUGGCUAGAAUAUUAAUAGAACUAUUUUUCAAAAUGUCAUUGAUAUUCCGAAAAUUCAAACUGAAUAUCGAAUUUUCAUAUUAAAAAUUUCCAUGAAGUUACUGAAAUUUAUGCAUUAUCACAGUAGCGAGAUAUCAAAGGAGUUACUAAGUGAUUGUGGAGGGAUUUAGUAAUGAGACAGGAAUAUUUUUUCAUUUACCUUACAUAGUGAAAAGUGUCAUUUGUUGGGCUUUCGAUACUAAUUUUCGAAAACCUUUUUUUUUAUUUUGAAAAGGCUCUUUAAAGACUCUUUAAAGGGAUUUUUAAUAUCUUUUGUUGUUCUUGCGUAAUUUAUUUUCUUAAAUAUCCAGACAGUAUCCUCAAGGUGACUUAAAAUAGGUUGGUGUCUAGGGUAACUAUAAUAUUUUUAAAUUAACAAAUAGAAAUAGAGAUAAAUUUUCAGUGAAAUAAAAACUAUUUUUAUUAUCUGUCUAAUUGUUUCACUUUAAUUGUUAUUUAUUUUUCAAAUAAUUUUAAUUAAAUCUCAGAGAGAUUUUGCAAACCAACGAACUACAGAAUUGUUUAUUUCGACAAAGUUGUACCAUGUGUCAUAUCUAAAAUACAUGAAAAGCUUAUUAAAUAUUCAGAGAGAUGAGAGAAUGGAGUUACAUUUAGAGUGACUAAAGAAUUUUGUAAGAUAAAAAAAAAACUCUCAAGAUUUACCUAAAAAAAACACUCCUUAAAAAAGUAAAGUGCAAGAAAGUUCAUAUUAUCGCUAAAAUAAUUCAUUGUCGUUUGAAGAAUACGAAGAACUGACGCAAAUAUUCGCUAAAAAAAUCUCCCUGAAAAAUAAAAGAAAGAAGCUCUUUUUCCAAAAGGAGAAGUUUUCUGUCAGAUUUCAGGGAUUUAAAUCAUUGUUUUCAUGUGUAUAAAAUGCAUUUCGAAAGAGAACCAAGUACUUGUAAUUAAAAAUUUUAUUGAUGAAUAUUCAUGAGAAGGUACACCAAUUGUUACGAUGACAAUUCUCCUUUUUGCAGGUGAAAUUAUUUAGGAUUUAUUUGAAAUGGUUGAAUUUUGAUUUCAAGUUCUAAUAUUGAUAUCUUUAUUGAAAUUUAUUCCAUUGCAUUUUGUGUUUGAGAUCCUAAGCUAUAUUCUUUUGUUGAUUGGGUCUAGUAGAUAACAAAAAUGCUUACGGUUUUGAUUUGAAUUUACUUGUACGCCCGUAAUCUGGGUCAAACCGUUUUGUCAUUUCAUGGGACUUUGAUGAUCGUAAGUCCUAUUCUGAUUAACCGAUUUAAUUCUACUAAAGGUUUUAGUCAAAGACCUUCGAUUGAUUGUCAAUUCUCUAGAACUAGUGAAUAAUUGGAUGAAGAACUGGCGUGACGUGUAUUGAUAGGGGACUUUCCGGUGGUGGCCAGUGAAUUUGAAGUCACUUCACAAAGAAAAACACUUCUUCAAUCUUUCCCAGAGCUUUCGGUCCUGGAUGUGGACCUUCUUCAGUGGUCGACUAAACUAUGUGUUUUGUACUUUAUAAGUAUCGUUAUUUUGUGUUGGAUUGGACAAUAUUAUCACUUUCAGUUUAUCAAUUGAGAAGGCUUUUUUAGAAAAUUGUUUUCACUGAUUCUCAACUUUUGAGCAAUUUUUCUUUAGGUACUGAUAUGAUGACAUCAUAUGAUGACUAGAAUGCUUCUAUCUGUAUGAAAAAUGCAUUAAUGUUGCGCUUAAGAAAUCCUCCAGAAAUCAAAAUGUUCACAUUUAAUAGAAAUUUGCGCAAAAAACGGUAAUCCUUGAUUCUAAAUCCUAAUGCCCUAGACACACUUACGACUUAAGCCCAGAGACGGUUUAACGGAGUUAUAAUAAAAGUAAUGAUCAGAUUACAUUAUCUUCAGUUUCUGACUAAUUCGUCUCUCGGCUUAAGCCGAGAAACGGCUAUAUUAGAAAUAUUCAUAAAUAUAAAAUCCACGAACUUCUCUCGUUCUUAGAAUCGAUGCCAUUUCGAAGGCCUUUACCAUUCACCAUGAAAGAAUUAAAUCGGUUCAGUAGAAUUUGAACUACGAAAACUUAAGUACCAAAAACUGUCACAAACAAAUAUGCCCACUUUAAGGGAAUAAAAGCCUUUAUUAGUUAAAAUCGAAAGCAUUUUAGUCACAUUGGGACCCAACCAAUAAGAAAAAGGGCCUGGAUUUAAUUAUUUCAUUUAUUUAUUUAAAUAUUUAGAUAAAAUUCUAUUUGUUCCUCUCCGAAAAUAUUGCAUCCUCUCCUCCAUUGGGCUCAGAGAGAGACAUGCGAUGCCCUUUCGGAUGAUUCAAAAAGAUUUUUUUAUUUUUUUAAUUGCAAAAGUGAUUAACAUCGAGUCAAAUGUAAAUAUAGAGAAAAAAAAAACACACAAAAAAAUCGUAGAAAAAAAACUUUCUUAUCUUACCAAAAAGUAAAAAGAAAAGAAAUUGUCUCUAGUGUGUAAAAAUUUUUACCGAAAGAAAAUGAGAGUAAAUUUUCAUAUACUUGGGACAUCUCUAACCGUGAUAUUAGCGCCAAUGCCCCAAAAAAAACAUUGCUAAAGAAAAAAGUAAAAAAAAAGAUAUCCUGUAAAUAUAGAUCAAUGGGUAAGAAAGAGAAUAGAAGAUCGUUGGGGAUGGAUUCUAGAGCAGCAAAGUUCAGCCAGAACACACUGAGAAAUUCCUUCAUUUGUUGGGUGUGUGUUCGCAAUCACGAUGGCCUAUUUGUCACACUUUAUAUGUUGCAUUUUAUUACUAAAAAAGAAAAGAAAAAGUAAAAGGAAAGAUAGCAGAUAAAAAUUGAGAAAUUAGAAAUUUUUCUGUACAAUUUGAUCUUAAACGAUUUCUCUUAACUUAAGUGAAACCCAAAGCCAAGGAAAACCUUUCGAAGAAAAACCAUUAAUUAAAAUGAGAGAGAGAUACAUAGAAAAACAAAUUUAAUGAAGAAAAUUUAUUGUUUUUUUUUUUUUGUAAAUUGUAGAAUGAUGACACUUGAGCAGAAAAUUUUUGUGAAACAAAAAAUAUGUUGAAGAAAAUACUUGAGAAAAUAUUGAUGUAAUUUUAAUAAAUUAUGAAUUUGUAAAAUCGAACCACAAUGGAAUAUAUUUCAAAUCAUAUACCUUGCCUUAUAGUAUACAAAAAAAAGAAGAUUAAAAAAAAACUAAAAAAAAACACACAAGAAAUGAACGGAAUUACAUCCAGAAGUGAGAAUAAGAUCUUUCUAAAAAGAUGGAAACAAAUUCACCGAAUUGUACAUUUUUUCUAUGAACUCCCUUCUCUGUGAAUGGAUCUCAUAGUUUAGCAAAAAAAAAACAAA